AUGGCCUCGAUACUACCAGAAUCUACCGCCGCGUCCGCAAUACCCGUUGUCGCCGAGCCUGCGGUCAUCCCUCCCACACCUACACUAGGUGCUCAGCUUGACGACACAAGUCCACCCUCCUCAUCCUCCUCCUCUAUAAGCAGCGACGACGGUGUGAAACGAUCGAAUCGACUCUCGAGACCUCCAAUGGGUAGUCGCAUGUCAAGCGGAACGAUCAUAAUAGCCAGCACCAGCGCCGUUGUCGAGAUGCGGGAAGGAGACGAGGACUACGACGAGAACGACGCGCGGACGAUGAGUCCACGGCGAAGUAGUGAGGAGAUUGAGAGGAUGGGCCAGGACGCGCGACAGGCGAUGAUAGAACAAGCAAAACAACUGCAAGCGAGCCUCCUCGAGAUUGUGGAUCGCGUCGAAUCUGUCAGGUCCGAGCACGAGAAAUUGGAGGGCGGGAAUCGGUUUCUGCAAUCAUAUAUCGGCGAGCUGAUGCAGACGAGCAAAAUCGCAUUCGCCGGAGCCGCGAACAAGAAAGGCAAAGGCCGAAGUACGAAGUAA